UCCCUGCUCCUCAGCAAAAUCCUCUGCUCCUGAAACCAUGUCUUUCUAUGGCAACUACUAUGGUGGCCUAGGCUGUGGCUAUGGCGGCUGUGGCUAUGGCGGCUGGGGCUAUGGCGGCUACGGAUGUGGCUACGGUGGCCUGGGCUGUGGCUAUGGCGGCUAUGGAUGUGGCUACGGUGGCCUGGGCUGUGGCUAUGGCGGCUGGGGCUAUGGCGGCUAUGGAUGUGGCCACAAUGGUGUGGGCUAUGUCUGUAGCGGCUAUGGAUAUGGCUCCAACCGCCCAUCUUGCUGCAGAAGAUGCUGUUCCUAUGGGAUCUACUGAGAAGCUUCCAGAGAAAUUCAACUUACUGUUCUCCUCUAGCCGCCUGAAUCUGCCUCCAUGAUUCUUCUUAUGAAUAAUUUCAUUUUCUAUUCCAAAAUGUCAACAUCAUCUUAAGAUACCUAAAAUGAUAAAAUAAAAUAGGUCAACUUCUGCAAA